UAAUGCAAAUAUAUCUGAAAAAUAAAUUAUUAUUAACAAAUCUUUGCACGAUGGAUUUACGAGAUCUUAUCGCAAGGAAGAAAUCAUCGUUAAAAUCGUGUAAAACUGUGAUAACAGAUCCGCUUGGUAACAAGUACGAAGUUGAACGUGGCCAAGUGACCAAAAAAUUGGAGAAAAGCCUGCCAUUCGUAGUGGACGAAAGACCAGACUUGCAGGUCGCCUGUAUAAUACCAGGUUUAUAUCUUAGCUCUCAAGAUCCAGUGGUUUACAAAGAUAUAUUGGAUAAAUACGAAAUACGGCAUAUUUUAAGCAUAGGCGUUAACAUUUCCGAGAGAUUCGACGAUAUUCGGUAUUACACCUGUGACUUGUUAGACUUGCCCGAAUCGAAUAUAACAUCGUUGUUAAAAAAAUGCGUCGAUAUCAUAAACGCGACUCGUAAAGAAAAUAUCCUUGUGCAUUGUAACGCUGGUGUUUCUCGCUCUCCUGCUAUUAUCAUCGCUUACUUAAUAAUUCAUACAAAAUUGUCAUAUAACGAAGCUUACAAUAAAGUGAAAGAAGCGAGAAAUUGCAUUAGGCCUAACGAUGGAUUCGUGAAACAAUUACGUAAUAUUGAAAAUACAACCUUUGCCGAUGAGUUGUAAUCGAU